AUGGCAUUAAAAAAGAUUUAUCCAGAUUUGGAAAUGAGAACUUCAGAAUUGUUGGCAAAAAUGCCACGUCCUUUAUCCGCUUCGAGCACACCAGUUCAUAGCGAUUUAGAAACUGAUUCUGACACUGAGGAACAACAAGAACACGAGGUGAGGAGGGAGAGAGAAAAGAUAAUUUAUUCAAAGAAGUUUUUUUGA